AUGGAAACCGGCUCGGGUAUUCAAAUACAAAUUCCAGAAGCUAUUGUUUCAUGGACAACAUUUUCCAUUCCUGGUAGAGACGAUUGCAAAUUGAGGUUCCAGCUGUUCCCUUAUGGAAGUACUCAUUCCCAGAACAACCGUGUGUCUAUUUUUCUAAGACAUGUGAGUAAGGUGGAUAACAUGCCAUUACUUUCGAAAUUUAGUUUUCACAGUAAUAACGGAAGAUGCAUAAGUGAUGGAUGUAAAUUGCCAUGUUCCAUGUCCUUUUCAAAAAAUGGUCAUGGUCAUGAGAACUUUUGUAAACGUACUCAUAUUUUGCGUCUCCUUGAAGGUGACACUUUAGUAAUCAGAUGUUGGAUGAAAUGGAAAAAAAAUGAAAAUGUUAGUGGUACGUUAAUUGCAUUAGGUACAGACGAUACGUUGAUUCAGCUAUCAAAUGAUUACAAAUUUCUUAUCAAUGAGGGUAGCUUUAGCGACUUUACUUUAGAGGCAAACGAUGGUACUCAAUUUCUAGCUCACAAGUGCGUAUUAUCAUCCCGUUGCCCAGUUUUGGCAGCUAUGUUUAAGCAUGAUAUGAAAGAAAAACAAGAGUCUAAAAUCCAAAUCAAAGAUUUAAAUGGCAAAACUCUCAAGGCUAUACUACAUUUCAUUUAUUCAGGUAUAGUUAAUGAAGAUGAAUGCCAAAUCACAGAACUUUUAGCGGCUGCAGACAAGUAUGGGCUUGAAGCUCUGGAAAAGUGUUGUGAGAUCAAUCUUGACGAAAAUUUAAAACUAGAUAACUGCGCAAACUACUUAAUCUUAGCCGACUUGCAUGACCUUACCUUAUUGAAAGAUACAUCAGUUAAAUUUAUAACAAAGAAUUUAAAGGAAGUAAUAAAAACAGAUGGUUACAGGAGUUUAUUAAUGACAAAACCAUAUCUUUUAGACAAAAUUUUAACAGCUAUAGCAGAUGUGCAGUAUAAUGUACAACUUUUGUAA